CUCCGAGGCUGGGAAUCGCGGGAUACUAUUAACGCUCAGUGUGGCCUUUGGAUUGUUUGUGGAUAUUUAUAUAUUUGGGAGGGACUUCGCCCCAGCUACUCAGGGCCAAUGACCGAGUUUGGAAUUAGGAACAUGGACCAAGUGGCGCCGGUGUAUAACGGCCACAGAGGAAUGCUCAAGCGCCAGUUUGCAUUCGACAAUGUCAGCGUUCCGACCUCUCUCUACUCGGGCUUAUUUUCUGCUUACGAAGAAGAACAGGCGGUACCAACGGGUCUGGACUCUUACUCUCAUGAUUCCAGCAGCUGCGAGUUACCCCUGCUGACCCCGUGCAGCAAGGCUGUGAUGAGUCAAGCCCUGAAAGAUACAUUUAAUGGUUUCACGAAGGAGCGGUGCAGACUUGGCAUCCCCGGCAACCCGUGGCUUUGGGAUGAGAAUCACGUGUUUCAGUGGCUGCUGUGGGCCGCCAAGGAAUUCUCCUUGGAAAACGUGAAUUUUCAAAAGUUUCUCAUGAAUGGACAUGAGCUGUGCAGCCUAGGAAAGGAGAGGUUUUUGGCUUUGGCUCCUGACUUCGUUGGGGACAUACUCUGGGAGCAUCUGGAAGAAAUGAUGAAAGAACAUCAAGUAAAAGCCCAGGAGUCAUACAUUGACCAUUCUAACCGGGACUCCGUUAACCAGUGGAUGAAUGCAGAUUCCUUAAAUUUCCCCGCUGAUCCCUUGCAGUGUGGAGCACAAGUACACAAUUACCCCAAAAACGGCAUGUUUAAUGAUAUGUGCUCGGUGCCCACCGGUCAACCUCUCCUCACCCCCAAACAAGAGUUCCAACAAUAUCCCAGCUCUUGCCUCAAAUCCAGAGCGGUAAACUACCCACCCAGCCAGGAUUUUGCAAGGAGCAAUAUGAACGCACUACUCAGUUCUCUAAAUUCUGGCAAAUUGCGAGACUAUGAUUCAGGAGACAGCGGCACAGAAAGCUUCGAGAGCACCGAAUCCAUGCUACAGUCUUGGACGAGCCAGUCUUCCCUUGUAGACAUGCAGCGAGUUCCUUCGUAUGACAGCUUUGAGGAAGAUGGCAGCCAGGCGUUAUGUCUGAAUAAGCCACCUAUGUCCUUCAAAGAUUACAUUCAGGACAGAUGUGAGCCAGCCGAACUGGGCAAACCUGUAAUUCCGGCCUCUAUACUCGCUGGCUUCACAGGGAGUGGACCAAUCCAGUUAUGGCAGUUCUUGUUGGAACUUUUAACGGACAAAUCAUGUCAGUCAUUUAUCAGCUGGACUGGGGACGGAUGGGAGUUCAAGCUGACUGACCCCGAUGAGGUGGCCCGGCGGUGGGGCAAAAGGAAAAACAAACCUAAAAUGAACUACGAGAAGCUCAGUCGAGGGCUGAGGUAUUAUUACGACAAGAACAUCAUCCACAAGACAUCAGGGAAGAGAUACGUCUACCGAUUUGUCUGCGACCUUCACAACUUGUUGGGUUACACGCCGGAUGAAUUGCACGCCAUGCUUGGCGUACAGCCCGACACAGACGAAUGAGCCGCCGGAGUGUGAACUAUAAAACAGUUUGGCUUGAAGAGCACAUUAUUGUACUGUGAAUUGGAUCUCGUUUGCUGGGCUGUCCAAGAUGGCCGAACGGCGCAGGCGUUCAAAAGACUGGAAAGGCUAAAGACACCAAAUCGGUGGCGUGAAAUUAGCGCUUUGCUCUGGUUUCCGAGGUCGGAUGGAUGGCGCUUAAUGAUAAACAGUUGCUAACUUGAAAAAGAAGAUUGCACAUAAGUAACACAUCAUGUAUGCUACUCUCUGACUAUUGCAUCCCGCCUUAAAGAACCUUUUAUUUUCCCCUCCACGAACGAGAAGAGAGGGCUUAUCUUCAGUUUGCAGCCGUGUCAUUCUUAGAUAUCCAAUCAAGGCCAGGCGCCUGUUGAUGAACCACAAUCCAAGGAUCCGGGAGUCUUAAUUGGCUAUUGGCUAUGCUGGUAUCUAAGUGGUGUAGAUAUUGGCCGGGGCCGGGACACCAGGCUGACCAUAUACACUUUUUUUUUUUUUUUAAAUGAACUGAAAAUGUGAUCAUGGCAUUCUCAUCAUUUCAAGGCUUGUAAAUAAUACCAGGUUUUAUAUUUACAGAACUAUUUUAUUUUGUCAGGUACAUGUAUAUUUUAGUUGUAUUUUAAUGAUGUAAAUAUUAGCAUUAGGAUGAGCGGCCGGGAUUGCCAGUUUGUACAUAGGAGAUGUCUCGAUUGCUGCAAUUGGUUGGUUUGUUUUUGUUCUUUGUUUUCGCAAUGAAGCCUUGGGUUCCACGCGGGGUGAUUUCAUGCUGAUUGUUCGCAAUAUUGCACAACCAAAAGAAUGUCCUGUUCCCUCCUCUGCUGUAUAUAAUGGUCACGUUCCCUUUUUUUUUUAUUUUUAAUUGCUAUUUGAUUUCAUAAUAUGAAUUCAUUAUAUAUAUAUAUUUUUUUUAAAUGUAUUUGCCUCCUUUUCAUAGGCCAGGAGUAAUGUGUGUAGCAGCUAUUUGUACUGGAAAUAUGUUUUGUUUUGUUUUUUUUUUUUCUUUGAAAGGAAGUUGUAUUUUUUUUUUAACAAGUGCCUUCAAUGAAACCUAUUCCUGUAACAUAUUUUGAUUCAUGAGGAAAAAAACGAAUGGAUCGAUUUAUGAUUAAAAUGAUCUUUUUUUUGUGAA